AUGUCUUUCAUGAACGCUAUUGGAACAAUCAUCCUCUGCCGAUUGAACCAGUUAUCACGUCUUGAAUGGGCGUGGGGAAUGAAAUAUGAUACCAUUCAGACGGAUCAAUACUCGAACACAAUAUCGCUCCGUCAUGAUUGGCGUGAUUUGCUCGAAUCUGAUAGGUGGGUUCUGAUACCCUCAACUGACAUAAUCGACAAGCUGUGGGAUCGCUGGGUCAAGUUUCCCCUCCGGGAUGGUAAUAUUCCAUCCAUCGAGUAUAUGUACGACGGUGCGGAGACUUUUGAGUACCGUCUGGUGCCGCUAUUUCCCGAUGUUCCAUCCAUCUCCUGCCACAACAAAGCUAAAGAUGUUCCGGAAGGCGACGAAUCUCCAGGCACGUCUGUACAUUCGUAUCCAUUUGACUAUCUGCCGCCCAUUUUCUCAAGAGUCAAAUCUCACUUCGUGGUAUGCAAUUCUGGCAGGAAAAUCAGGUCAAUGUUGCUUGAGUUUGAUAGGACCACUUCUGAUAUUACUUGCAUAUAUGUCUUUGAGGAAAAGGCUGAAUGCGUGAAGCUAGUAGUAUAUGCAACAUAUUGCGCAUGGAACAACCACGUUCAUCCUGCGAUGUUUGUGAUUUCACCUCGAAUAAUUGAUUCGAGGUCGCGCUCUAGUCUUAUCAGGACCGGUCAAAUGAAUUGUGCAUCACAGGCUAUAUGUCCAAAGAAGUUGUUAGAAGUUAGCCCACCAGCACUGUACUUACGAUACAGUAUUUUCCGGACUUCGUUACUUAUGUGA